AUGAGUUGCAGUGGAAUUGUUUUGUUGUAGGAAAUGGAGCCUAGAAGAAUCCUCACGCAGAUCCUAUGUGUGUUCUUUCUUACAACUGGACGAAAUGAAGGAAAGCUUGAUGCAAAGUCGUGUUCAGGACGGCCUGCAUUGAAAUUAGACCAGGCAUGUCUUACGUUCCAUAACCAGCUACCAACCGGAGUUGAUGUCCUCUACACAUCUGAUUACUGCUACAAGUGUCUGUACCAGCCCCUGGUCAGUGUUCUAAAUGGUCCCCAGAAUGCAUCUGUCGUGGUCAGCACCGUCCUCACUCUGACACUGCAGUUACAACCAAUGGGCAGAAACACAACUCUCUGCAGUUGGAGUCAGUUGUAUGAAGAAGCUGCCCAUUACUCUGUCUGGAUCCAAGAGUCAGAAUCUCCCAUCAAUGUCAUUUGCUAUCAGACUGUGGAUGUCAGUCCAAGUAACAUCUAUUUCCCUCUGUUGGUGGUAGCUCUUCUACUGGCACUUAUUAGUCUCCUAUGUGUCCUUGUUCCCUACCUGUACAGGAGGCGUUGUACGACGAAGCUCAUCAAGACCAUUUGUCACGAAGGACCACAGCAUGCAAUGGAUGAUGAAACCCAAGGUUGUGGGGACGAGGUUAACACUGCCCAGCCAAAACCAACAAGACUGCGCUCACUGGACACUUUCCGAGGACUUUCCCUGACAAUCAUGGUUUUUGUGAACUAUGGAGGUGGAGGGUACUGGAUAUUUGAACACGCGCCUUGGAAUGGUCUUACUGUGGCUGAUCUUGUGAUGCCUUGGUUUGUGUUCAUCCUUGGGACGUCUGUAGUAUUUGCCUUCACCUCCAUGCAGAAAAAGGGAGUUAGCCGUCGGCAGCUAAUACGCAAGCUAACAUGGAGAACUGUGGUCCUCAUCCUUAUCGGCUUUUGUUUCAUAAACUACUCUCCAAAGGAUGGAUUAUUAUCUUGGUCUUGGCUGAGAAUCCCUGGAGUCCUCCAGCGUCUGGGAUUCACCUACUUCAUACUGUCUCUGAUGCAGACUUUCUGUGGCAUGAGAGAGAUCCCACUGAGCAGGGGUCGCUGGUGGGACCCUGUCCAGGAUGUGGUCUUGUAUUGGCCAGAGUGGAUCUUCAUUAUUCUCCUGGAGACAUUAUGGCUGUGUCUCACCUUUCUAUUGCCUGUGCCUAACUGUCCCACAGGUUAUUUAGGGGCAGGUGGGAUUGGGGAUAAUGGCCUUUAUCCCAACUGUACUGGGGGAGCAGCUGGGUACAUUGACAAGUGGUUAUUGGGAGAUAACAUCUACCAUUGGCCAACAUGCAAGGCAAUGUAUCGUACUACCCAGCCCUUUGACCCAGAGGGGGUUCUGGGUACUAUCAACUCCAUUGUAAUGGGAUUCAUGGGGAUGCAAGCGGGAAAAAUUCUCAUUUUUUACAGGAAAAAGGAUAUCAGCGUCCUCUCCCGAUUCCUAGUAUGGGCCAUCCUCCUGGGAAACUCAGCAGCCAUCCUUUCUAAGUGCACGCGAGACGAAGGAUUUAUACCUGUCAAUAAAAACCUUUGGUCUCUGUCGUAUAUCACCUGUAUGGGCUGCUUCUCUUUCCUCCUGCUGGGAGUCAUGUAUUUCGUCAUGGACAUUAAGGGCUGGUGGGGCGGCCAACCCUUCAUUUACCCAGGGAUGAAUUCCAUCUUUGUGUACGUGGGCCACUCUCUCCUGGGGUCCUACUUCCCCUUCAGCUGGGAGAUGCGAUUUGUGGACAGCCACUGGGAGAAGCUGUUCCAGAGCCUGUGGGCCACCUCUCUCUGGGUCCUCAUCGCUUUCCUGCUAUACAGGAAGAAGUUCUUUCUCAAAAUCUAAUAACUCCUUUCAUUCAGUGUUUGCUUUCAUUCUGAGCCAUUGUUGUGGGAAUUAUUGCAAAUGCUUGACUUUAUUGUUUUACUGUAAAGUGUGUUGUGAUUUUAAAUGCACUUUAAAUACAGUUUGUUUUGAUCUGAUGUGAAAGUGUAUGUGGAUAAUUCUGUUAUCUAUGUCAUUAAUUAAAAUCUGUACAGUGGAAUGUGGUAGACCUAACCACACUACACUCUUAGAAUUAGUAGUAAAUUUAGGAACCAUGGAGAUCCUCAAAGAACCCAUAUAGCUCCUCAAGGAGCCAUUGCUCGUCAAUGGUUCAUAUUUGCACCUUCAGUUAGUUGAGGGGUUCUUGGAGGAACAUUUAAUGGUUCAAUGUAGCAAAGGGUUCCUGGAGGAACCCUGGAGUGGAGGCGUGGCUUAGUAGGGGCAUGUCUUUAAGAUAGAUACUUUUCUGGCCACGUGUUAGAGUAAUUGUCAUUCCUGUUUAUCUGUUCUGUUGUAUUGUCGUCACGUCAGGGUUAAACACUGACAGUUGUGUAGCUUCAAUGAAGCUAACAGAGGUGUAUGAGUUCCUCAAGAGCCUAUGCAAAUCCCAAAAUUGGAAUAGUUAACACUUUGUUACUAUAUGUAAUCAGCAGUGUUAAUAUUAUAUGCAUAAAUAGUCAAGGAAAUAUUAAAUUUGCAGUUUACAAACUUAACAUGAUGAACAGGAAUUACAUUUACACUAACGGGUGGCCAAAAAUAACUAUCUGAGAGCCACACCUCCAAUCUGAUAGACUGGCACCUCUACAAUAUAUUUUUUUAAAGGUUCAAAAUCUAACUCCUCCCAUCACAAAAUGCUUCCGUGUUGAACCUUUACACAGGGGUUCAUUAAAGACCAUUUUCAGAGGGGUUCCUCAAGGACCCUUUUUGAACUGGAAUGGUUCUGCCGGUGUUGGAACCCAAAAGUUUCUUCCAGGCACCUUUACUUCUAAGAGUGUAAAGUAUCUUCCUGAUAAUGGUAUGGAAUCUGGUCUAUUUUACAGCUCAAUUACUAGAAAGGGGAACUGUAACAUCUCAGGAUUUUUAACUUGAUAUCAGUUCUGUUGUGCACUGAAUAGAGUGAUUCAAUCAAAUAUACUGAGGUGGUACUCAACAACUUAGAGCCAGCGAUUCCCCUACACCAGGGUAGCCAUUAUGAGUCUGUUGCCAUGGCCACUCCACCUCUCUUAGGCAGAGAGUGUGUGUGUGCCAUCUGCUCUCCGAGUGACAGUUUAAUGUGGGUCAAGAUGGACAGCUCACUAAGGAGUGUCAUUAAUAUGAACAUCACCUCUUGCACUCAUACUAAUACAAAAUCAGGGAAAUAACACCACUCAAUUCGCCCACUGAUAUUAAAGCUGCCGAAAAUGUCCCAUAGAGAAAACUAUCACUUCAAAGUAUAUAUAUAUGUAUAUAUAUAUAUUUUUAAUCUAUUCGUAUUUCAAAAAACUUCUGGAAAGUUCUUGGUUGUGAAGUUAUAUCAGUUGGCCUUGCACAAGCAAAAAAAAAGCUUAGUUAAGAACUAGGCCUGGAUUGUUCCAAGCACUCAGCUAUACUUGUAUUGUAAGGGUCGGUUAGCUAAAUAGAAUUUGAUUGAUUGAUUGACGUUGUCUUGUGGGAUUGCCAUGUUCCAUAUCUGCAUUGCUGAGAUACAAAAGGGAUGUUAAGAUUUAACUUCAUUCCUGAGAGGACUGCUCUGAGUCAGCUCUGGGUAAUUGCACUCUAAAAAAAAAUAUUAUUUCACUAUGUACGGUUUUAUAAAUGAACAUGAAAAAGUGCUAAAAUGGUUUAAUAAACAUAAUUUCAUCAUU